AUGACUCCCUCACUUCCAACCUCCUAUUCAACCGUUCCUUUCCAACAUAUCCGCGUCUCUCAUAUACCCGAGUCCUCACCCAUUCCAACUCCAACUAUUCUAAUCACACUAUAUCGACCAGAAAAACACAAUGCAUUCACAGAUACCAUGGCUGGAGAACUUGAAACAGCUUUCAAUCUUUUGUCGCUUGAUCCUAGAGUAAAAUGUAUUGUUAUGACUGGUCAUGGAAAGAUGUUUUGUGCUGGAGCCGAUUUGGAAGCCGGAUUGUCGUAUGAAAAUGAUACGGCGUUGACGCAUCGGGAUGGUGGUGGGAAGGUAGCACUAGCUAUUCAUAGAUGCAUAACCGUGACACUCCCAACUUCAAUCCGUAUUGUUUCUUCUACAGCAAAAAUCGGAUUCGUAUUUGCCCGCCGUGGUAUCAUAAUGGAAGCAUGUUCCUCCUACUUCCUCCCCCGUCUUAUCGGUCUCUCCCGCGCUAUGCACCUCACGACAACUGGUUCAAUAUACCCCUCAACAUCCCCUCUCCUCUCUUCUCUAUUCUCCGAGAUCGUACCCCCAGAACAAGUUCUUCCACGUGCAUUGGAACUCGCAAAUGAUAUAGCUCAAAAUACAAGUGCGGUUUCAACUGCAGUUAUGAGAGAUCUGAUGUGGAAAGGGCCGGAAACGGCGGAAGAAACACAUCUUUUGGACAGUAAGAUUUUGCUGGAGUUGUUCAGAUCGGGGGAUAAGAAUGAGGGAAUCAAGAGUAUGUGGCUUUAUGGAAAGAGAAACCCAGAGUUCAGGGAUAACAUGCAAGAGAAUGCACCAAGUGUCUGGCCAUGGUGGAAACCAGUUGAUACUAAGCCUCCGGCGACAAUUGAAGAAUUGGCCCAGAAAUUAAAGAAAACAGAGAUGGAACCGAGUAAGCCUAAACUUUGA